AUGGCGAGGUCCACGGAGCUGGACUCCAACUGGUCCUGGUUCCAGCUGCGCUGCAUGCAGGUCGGGGGAAACGCCAGCGCCCUGUGGCUCGACAGCUGCGGGGCUCCCGCCUCGUCACCUCCACCCAAGGAAGAAGAUUUCUUUGCCGCGCAUGCGUCUCCUGAGGUGUGUAUGAUGCGUGGUGAGUCCGCACUGCGGCCACGUAAGGGAGACGGAAAGAUGAACCCGGCCGGCAGAAAGAAGGCCGAGUCGGAGAGGCUGGGCAUGGGGCUCGGCAGCUGCCGCAGGUGCGUGGGCGCCGGCUCAGCCGGGGCGCAGGCCAGAGGCGCGGGUUUCCGCAGGUACUUUGAGGAGCCAGUGGAGUUCAGGGCCAGUUCUUUCUCCAGCUGGGAUGACAGUUCAGACUCCUACUGGAAAAAAGAGACCAGCAAGGACAGGGACCCAGCUCUGAAGACCACGGGCCACUCGGACAGGCCCGCUGCUCGCCGCAAGCCAGACUACGAGGCCGCUGCGAGCACCGACGAGGCCCAGAAGAAGUUCGGCAACGUCAAAGCCAUCUCGUCAGACAUGUACUUCGGAAGACAGGCCCAAGCCGACGCCGUGACCGCCGUCCGCGCUCGUGCAGGGAGCUACAGCCUGACGAGCGUGCUGCCCGCGGCGCCCGACGUGGCCCAGCUCAAGCAGGGGGUGCGCUCCGUGGCCGGGAAGCUCUCCGUCUUCGCCAGCGGGGUCGUGACCUCCAUUCAGGACCGCUAUGGCGCCUAGGCCGCCGCUCCGAGCAGCCCUCCUGGCUGGGGCAGGGCCGCCGGCGGGAAGAGCCGUGCUGCAGAUCCAUCGUUUCGCUACUUUCUACUACCAACACGCACCGGCAGAAGCGGCCCCUGGAGAGCCCCGAGACUCCGGCCGCCGCCUGCCCCGCCCUCGGGGGCUCC